CGGCAGCGCUAAUAUGUGGCCACUAGAACGCUUGCGGAGGGAUACGUGAAGAUUGAUAUAAAAGCAAUACAGCGCGGUUCUGAAAUAAGGCGAAAACGAGGGUUUAAAGUACUUCAAAAUAAACCGAUAAAUAAAUCCAGUGUUAACGUAGGCGCUAUAAGUUUGAAAAGAAGCCACUAAGCGACUCAACAGGUCGAGCACUCGUCUAGACAGUAGGGCGGGAGUGAGUAACAUACGCAACAACAACCGGUACACCUUCCGUCUUCCUCCACAGCGGUCUCCAUUUUAACUCCUCGCCCAGCCUGCACCUCACGUGUCCUGGACUGUCUUUCUCACAUGACCCGUGUGUUUGUCCCCGUGAUCAGCGCUUCCAUCUCCAGUAUUUCAAGUGUCGCUGAAUAUCGCAUUUUUAAAUUCGUUCGCAUUCAUGGAUAUGCUCGAUCAGCGCUUGGACACCUCGACGAGUCACGACAAACAGGAAACUGAGGAGGUUGUUCAGCUGCAGGAGGGAGAGGGCGUGGGGGUGGAGGAGCAGGCAGCGGUUACCAUAGCAAGUGUCCAGCAAGCAGCAGCUUUUGCAGACCACAAUGUUCAAUACCAGUUCCGGACAGAGAACACUGGUGGACAGGUGACGUAUCGCGUGGUCCAGGUAACAGAGGACCAUUUGGACGCAGCAGGAGAUGGAGGAGCGGCAGUCAGUGUAGUGUCCACAGCCGCCUUUGCGGGCGCACAGCAAGCGGUAGCACAGGCUGUCAUCCAGAACCCAUUCAGUAAUGGAGGCAGUCCAGUGGGGGAAACAGUGGGGGGGGAGACACGCUUCGCCUACUUCCCAGCAGCAACUGUCAGUGACGGUACAGCUGUCUCAGUGCAGGCCACGUCUGAUCCGACCCUCACACAGGCUGGAGGUCAGUUUUACGUGAUGAUGAGUCCACCAGAUGUUUUACAGACUGGAACGCCACGGACCAUCGCCCCUCGUACACACACAUACUCUACAGACCUUGGUGAACGUGAGACUCUUCAACACAGCAGAUCAGACUGGAAGAUUGAUGGCCCCCGGGCGCCCCGUGAUGAGAGAAGGAGAGCACAGCACAAUGAAGUGGAAAGGAGAAGAAGAGACAAAAUCAACAACUGGAUUGUCACGCUGUCUAAAAUUAUCCCAGACUGCAAUAUGGACAGUACCAAAACAGGAGCAAGUAAAGGAGGAAUCCUGUCUAAAGCAUGCGACUACAUUAGAGAACUCCGACAGACUAACCAGAGGCUGCAGGAGAGCUACAAGGAGGUGGAGAGAAUACAAGUGGACAAUGAGCUACUAAGACAACAGAUUGAAGACCUGAAGAAUGACAAUGCACUGCUCAGAGCUCAACUACAACAGCAUGGCCUGGAAAUCAGUGAAACUACAUCACAGUGACAAAACAAACAAACAAAAAAACAUUCUCAUCAAUAAACGGUCUCAAGUGGAGAAAUAACCCCUCAAUGACACACUUGUUCACAACUCAUCACAGACUUAAGUUGUGCUGCAACUCAAGUAGGGUAUGAAUGCUUAUUUGAUAGACAGACACAUCCUUCUGACAAGAGACUCUCUGACUGUUGGGAAAAUAAUAACUUCUGUACAAGCACAUUUUGUUUUCUCCUUCAUUUGUGCGAGAACUCAACAAACCUGGACUCGGUCGAUAUGGAAUAACCCUCUUCCAGAAGUAUCCCGCUUGCCACAAGUCUUUAUCUUUAGUUUGAAUCUCGGAUUUGUGAACCAGUUAUAUGCCUGCUCAUGCCUAAUGCUCAUAUUUUGUUCUGUUUGAAACAUUUUGUGGAUUUUAUUUUUGCUACAUCGUGCAAAUGUUACUACUGUCUCUAACAUUACAGAAGGUCUUUUUCGAGGGUUCUGCGGUAUUGUAUUUAUUAGCUUUCAAGAAAUUGCGCAGCAGCAGGCAUACAAAACCUUGGCUAAUGUUUUGAAUUUGGUUUUGUUUUUCUGUCCUGCAGUCUUUCCAUAUAUCAGACUUUGUGAAAUGCGUUCAUCUGGCUGAUCAGAGACUUGACAUUGUGGCACA